UCCAGAAUAUCGGAUUGCUGAAACUAAUCGAAUGAAAAAUAAAAGAGCUAACAUGAGCAAAAAAGAAAAGGAGGACGUAUGUCAAAAAGAUCGCGAAAGAAGCAAAAGCAAGAGGUGAAUCAAUCUUCAUCUGAUAUUGAACAACCCUUUUUAUCUCGAGCAUAUUAAUUUAAAAGUUGGCAAAUCUAAGUUUUACGAUCUGCGGCCAUUCUAUGUCAAGCUAGUAAACGAUCUUCCUCACGAUAUUUGCCUUAGCAUAUACCAUGAAAAUUUCAGGUUGUUAACAAAUGCCCUUCAAAAAAAAAAUUUAUAUUAUGUCAGACAUAGUUGACAGAUCUGUGUGUAAUCAAAACAACCAAUCUUGCAUGUUUAUGGAAUGUAAAGCAAACUGUGGGUUGCCAAAGUUUGAUGAAUAUGUAUCUAAUGUUAUAGACUCAUUUGGUGACGAUUCCAACAAACUCUUUGUUUUUGACCAAUGGUCCUCAGAAAAUGCGCAGAAAAUUGAACAACCACUAACAUCUUUGUUAGAGGGGUGUGUAUUACUGCGUCAGCAAUUGCCAGAUUAUAUACGUCAUGUCUAUAUAAAGCGACAACAAAGUGCAUAUUUUCGUUUAUGUCGCCAAAAUGUAUCAGAAAAUGAAUUGAUUAUACAAAUGGAUUUCAGUGAAAAUUACACCAUAAUGGAGCAAAGUGAAAUUCAAUCUGCUUACUGGGUUCAUCAGCAACUAACAGUAUUCACUGCAGCAGUUUGGAGUAAAAACUAUACACAUUCCUAUGCCAUUGUAUCCGAUCGUUUACUUCAUGAUAAAUAUGCCGUCUUGUUCAUUAUCAAAGAAUUAUUGAAUUGUUAUCAUAAUAUUUGUAAAUUACACUUUUUCACUGAUGGGCCUUCAUCACCAUUCAAAAACUCUUAUGUCAUGACAGCCAUGAAUAAUUUGUACAAAUUAUCAUCUGAUCUUCUUGAGAUUUGUUGGUCAUUUUUUGCAACAUCACUUGGAAAGGGGGCAGUUGAUGGGAUAGGUGGAGAAAUAAAAAGAAUGAUUUGGACAAUAGUAAAAUCUGGAAAACGAUAUUGUCGCAGUUUAGAAGAUUUUGUGAGCAUUGCAAGUGAAAAAAAUACCAAAAUUAAUGUAAGUCAUUAUUUAUAGAAAAAACCUCAAAAUGAAAGUUAAAGACAAGAAACUUUUGGUUAUUAAAUUUUUAUUUUUUUAGAUCUUCUCUUUUACAAAUGAUUUUAUCACAAAACAAAGUGAGAUCGAUGAGACGCUUCUCAAAGAUAAGUUUAAAGUCAAAGGUAUUCGUCGCCACCACUCUUUUCUUUUUAAUAUUAGUGGCGCUUACAUGGCAAUUUGUAACCGUUCAGAAAUGGUAAAAAUUGUUAAUAAUUCAUCAUCUUCAUUAUUGAUAAACGUGGUAUCAUCCUCAUCUGAACAGUACAAAUUUGAUACUAUUUCUCCAGGUAUAUUUGUCUUUGUAGAAUUGCGUUCUGCUGGUAGAGCAAAGACAUACCUUGCCGAAGUUUUAGAAAUUUUAGAUAAUAUGGCACAUAUUAAAUUCCUAAAAGAACAAAACAAACUCAUUUUUAUAUGCCCAUCUGUAGAUGACCUCUCUUGGCAUGACUUGUGUGAGUUAAAACCAUUAGUACCACAACCGCACUUUAAUAACCGUGGACAUAUUAUUGUCAAGCCGAAGUGUUACCA